GGAAAAACAGAUAUGUGAAUUUAAUAUAUACCUGUUUCGCUUUUUUGUGGUCUGGGGGGAAUCCAUUAAUGCAAUUUGGAAAAGGAGAGAAACUGAAUAGGAGGAGCGUGACUGAUUGGUUCAUUUCUUUCUUUCUUUCUUUCUUUCUUUCUCUUGAUCUCCAAGUACCCUUUUUCUCUUAUUCUUCUCCGCCUCCAUUUCUCACAUUUCUCGUGAAUUUCUUAGUGUGCCAAUGUGGUGUUGUUGAUCUUUGAGUGGGGAAGUAUUUUCUACUUCUCUCUUCCGUUUUCGGUAAUUCGAUUCUUUUUGCUUCGUUUGAACAUCAGAGAAGAUGGGUUUGAUUUCUGGAAUUCUAAUGGGGAUCGUUGUCGGCAUCGCUUUGAUGGCUGGCUGGCGUCACAUGAUGAGGUACCGCAGUACCAAACGUAUUUCCAAGGCAGUUGAUAUAAAACUUCUUGGGUCCCUUAGCAGAGAUGAUCUGAAGAAAAUUUGUGGCGACAAUUAUCCAGAUUGGAUAUCUUUCCCUGUGUAUGAACAGGUGAAAUGGCUAAACAAGCAACUGGGCAAAUUGUGGCCUUUUGUUGCAGAGGCAGCAUCAAUGGUCAUAAGAGAAUCUGUUGAACCACUACUGGAACAAUAUCGACCUCCUGGUAUUACAUCACUGAAGUUCAGCAAACUCUCUCUUGGAAAUGUUGCACCCAAGAUUGAAGGCAUUCGUGUUCAGAGUCUUAAGAAAGGUCAGAUCACGAUGGAUAUUGACUUCCGCUGGGGUGGUGAUCCUAGCAUAAUUCUUGCUGUUGAAGCAGCACUAGUUGCUUCUUUGCCCAUUCAGUUGAAGGAUCUUCAAGUUUUCACUGUUGUGCGUGUUAUCUUCCAACUAGCUGAAGAGAUCCCUUGCAUUUCUGCGGUGGUAGUUGCUCUCCUUGCUGACCCAAAGCCUAAAAUAGAAUACACAUUGAAGGCCGUUGGAGGAAGCUUGACCGCACUUCCAGGGAUAUCAGACAUGAUCGAUGAUACUGUCGACACGAUCGUCACAGACAUGCUUCAGUGGCCCCACCGGAUUGUUGUUCCAAUUGGUGGUGUUGCUGUGGAUACAAGUGAAUUAGAGCUUAAGCCACAAGGGAAGCUUAUAGUUACUGUUGUUAAAGCGACUGAAUUGAAGAAUAUGGAAAUGAUAGGUAAAUCAGAUCCAUACGUGGUUGCAUAUGUUCGACCUCUAUACAAGGUUAAAACAAAGGUCAUUGACAACAACCUCAAUCCUGUAUGGGAUGAAACAUUAGAGAUGAUUGUUGAAGACAAGGAAACACAAUCAACAAUCUUUGAGGUUUUUGAUGAAGAUGUUGGACAAGACAAAAGACUGGGCAUAGUAAAAUUACCUUUGAUUGAGUUGGUACCUGAUACUCCAAAAGAAAUUGAUCUGAGAUUGAUGCCAGCGCUUGAUAUGCUAAAAAUUAAAGAUAAGAAGGAUAGAGGAACUCUUACUGUUAAGGUCUUGUACCAUGAGUUCAACAAGGAAGAGCAGUUGGCAGCCCUUGAAGAUGAGAAGAGGAUCCUAGAGGAGAGAAAUAAACUGAAAGAAGCAGGUGUGAUAGGAAGCACAAUGGAUGCAGUUGGUUCCGGGGUUGGGAUGGUGGGGAGUGGCAUUGGGGCUGGAGUAGGGCUGGUUGGGACUGGCAUUGGGGCAGGAGUAGGGCUUGUUGGAAGCGGCAUUGGUACAGGAGUUGGGUUUGUUGGGAGUGGUCUUGGUGCUGUGGGCAGUGGCCUCAGCAAGGCUGGAAAGUUCAUGGGCAGGACCAUUACAGGGACAUCAAGCAGCUCCAAGAGGAGUGGUACCAGCACUCCUGUAACAGCACAAGAAAAUGGUGGUGCAAAGCCAGCAUGAGCUUUCAUAUCUAGUCUUAGCCUUUGGUAUCUGUGACACACCUUUUGAUUUGUACUAUUUUAGUUUCUUAAAUGAUUAGUCAAAGAUUUGAAUUCCUUUUCUUCGCUCUGUUUACCUCUCUUAGAUCCCUAUUGUUUAGUUUGGAAAUGAACGACAUGUAUUUUACAUUCAUCUAAAUCAGUUUCAUCGUCAGCCUGAUCCCAAGGUUGUUUUCUGUGUUA